AUGUCGAAGCGAGACACAUCUGCUACGUCUGCAUGGACUGUUGACGCGCUGAUGGCGCGAGCUGACGCCCAUGUGGCGACCAAGGAGUAUGCGAGAUCAACUCUAGAGGAGAUUAUAGACGAGGAGGCUUAUGCUGCUGCUCGUGCACGCAUGGUAGGAGUUCUCCUCCUUUCCACGUCCAUUCGAGCCACGUCUGCGGAGCAGCUACUAGAGCACCCCCCCUUCGGCCUAGACCCGGCGGCAGUCGCGGAGAGUCUAGAUACGCCUUCUAGACGGCGGCUCGGAUGGGACAACACCGCGAACCUUCUGAUUUCCGCCGGAGCGCAGCUGGCGGGAAGCGCUGCGAGUAAGCAGCAGCCGAGCAGUAACCUCUGCGGCUCGAGCAACGGUGCUACUAAUCCGGGAUCGACUGCUGGUACUUCUGGCUAUCGAGAUCAUCAUGAUCGUCGCGGCGGCGGCAGGAGGAGUUGGGUUGGCCCGCUGUCGCCAUUUCGACUUAUUAUCGCCGGGACGAAAAUGGCGACGCAGAUCGCCGUCGCUAUGUUACCAGUCGGCGAGACGCUGUUGCGAGCAACCGUCAAGAUUCAGACGGCGGACGUCGGCAAAACGGUGACGUUCGUCUACGACGCGACGAUCAAACAGUCUCAGCCCGCCAUUUGUGAAGACAUGCGGGUCGGUGACAAUGACAUCUACGGUUCCUUCCUGUUCAUCUUAAGGCAUGGGCACGAGCUGCUGAACCUUUCUGUUCUUGUCACGAUGACAUCAGCUGUUCCUUCCUUCCUGGCCAUCUUAAGGCAUGGCACAACCUCCUGA